UUUCAAACUCUGUAAGAUGUUUAUUUCUUAUUAUGAAUUAUAACAUGACACUCUAAAAAAGCAUGACGAGGUGUUCUGAACAAGAAAAUGGUUCUGAAAAUGAACUACAUGAUGCUGGCACAUACUGUACUGGAGUCGGUUGCAGGGUUGUUCGUGGACCUGAUUGGAAGUGGAACAAACAGGAUGGGGGAGAAGGUCAUGUUGGUUCAGUUAGACGAUUUGAUACGUCUGGAGAGGCUAUUGUUGUUUGGGACUCUGGAAUUGUAGCAAAUUAUCGUUGCGGUGUUCUUGGAUUUGAUUUGCGUGUAUUGGACAGUGCACCAACAGGCUCAAAACAUCCUGGAACCAUCUGUGAAGGUUGCCAUGAGUCCCCAAUUUAUGGAAUUCGAUGGAAAUGCGUAGUGUGUUUAAGUACAGAUUUAUGUUCCACUUGUUAUCAUGCUGAUAAGCACUCACUUGCUCACCAAUUCUUGAGGAUAACGGCACCAUACAAAACCAGAGUCAUCGUUGGUCGGCGUUUGAAGCAAAGGCGUAUAGAAUCAUUAGGUCUUUUCCCCAAAGCUCGAGUUGUUCGGGGUAUAGACUGGAGCUGGGAUAGUCAAGAUUGUGUUUCACCCCUAACAUCGUCAUCAACUGGGUCAAUAUUAUUAGGACCAACAGGGUCGGCUAUUGCCUGCAGGGCUAAUUUGAGUUCAAACAACGAAAAAACGUCAGCCGGUCCAAUCCUUCUACCGACACAAGGGCGUAUAACUGGUAGAAGAGAUUGGUAUCAAUGGGCACCGCGGUCAGCAGCAUUGGUUGCCUGGGAUAGUGGAGCUUAUAAUGUCUACCGAGUUGGAUAUGGAGGAUUAGUUGACCUGAAAGCGAUCAGGCCUUCUAAAGGUGGAAUGUAUUACGUUGAUCACCUUCCACUUCUUGCUGACUUGAGACAAUACUUCGACGAGUCUGGUGUGCCUGAAGAAUCGAACAGAGAAGUGUCUCUUGCAACAAGACAUGACUUGGAGAGAGGUCCAGUGGUUCCAAAUUGGACCAAUCUUCACGAUCUUGAAUCUCGUCGCCGUCAAACGACUCAAAAUGUUGAAGAUGUAUGCACUUAUCGGAGUCGAAUUCAUAGCAAUGAUGAAACAUUAUGCGCUUCUUCAAAUAGUGGGCAAUGUUCAGAUACCGGAUAUCGAACAAACAGUAACGUGCUAUCAGGUGAAGAGCCCUCAGCAUCCAGUUGCUUGAAUGUUUGCACUCUUGCAAGCAGAUUACAUCUACAACCUUCCUCAAUUGAGAGUUCACAUACCACUAAUGUUACUUCACGACGAUCACAUUCUCGAUUAAGUCGACCACAAUAUGGUUGGUCUAUUAGCAGAGAAGGAGAAGAACCAGUUUCUCCACGAACAGCCAACAUAUCAAGUGGUUCUAGUGGUCUACGAAGUUUCGGCCAAACUGCUCGUACUUUACUGACUGAUUUCUUGAGAACUAAUUCUUUAAAUCCAUCGGCACCCACAAGUCGAGGUAAUUUAAAUCCAACAACACAAAACCAUUCCACAAACCAUUCUCGUUCGCAUAAUAAUGAUCAUAUGCCGACAACUGUCCGUAACAACCGACCAACAAGCAUACAAUGUUCACCAAAUGAUCACAGAGUUAAUCAAAAUGCCAGAGAACCUAAUAUUUCUUCAGGUUCGCACAAUCAAUGUAGAAAUUCUCAAUCACGAGUUGCAAUCACUAAUCGUGGGAGAGUUAUCACCUUACAUACUAGAGAUGGACCGCAUAGUGGUUCUUCGUCUAAUCAUGAUAUAAUAUGUGGAUAUACGGCAUUACCGGAUGAGGUUAUGAGAGAAAACAAUAGUACAGGAGCACAAACUAUUAGAAUACGUCAUACUGAUGCAGGACCACGAUCAUUGCGAAUUGCUUACAAUCAACUACAAACUGUUUUAGCUGAAAAUCCAUUGGAUAUGAGCCCAAAUACACCUCCGCGUGAUGAUUCUGAACAACUAAACACCGAAAUACCUACUUGUUCAGAUGUACAAACUCACAGCAACAAUUCUGAAGAUUUAAUUCAGGCAGCCAAUGAAGGAAACGUGCAACGUUUGAAAUGCCUUUUGCAGCAUCGUAAUGCAGAUGUGAAUGGGAUUUCUGGUGGAUUGACUGCACUUCAUGCUGCUUGUCAAGCUGGUCAUUUAGCUUGUGUCAUCUUACUACUACAAUAUGGAGCAAGACGUAGAAAUUUAGAUUCCACCGAUAAUGAAGCUAUUCAUGCAGCUGCUCAAAGUGGAAAUAUUGAUAUUUUAAGAGUUUUAAUGCGAUCACAUACCGAUGUAACAUUAAGAUUGGUGAAUGUCUCAGAAGAAAAUGAUGUAGUGGAAGAAAAUCUUGUCGAUCUAGACGAUAAUUCUCCAAUACAUGAGAAUAAUAAUAGUUUUGACAGUGAAGAAAUUUUAGAUAUAAAUGCUAGAAAUGCAUUACGGCAAACUCCAUUACAUUUGGCUGUCAAUCGACAGAAUAUACCAAUGGUACAAUGCCUCUUGGAAGAAAUGAAUGCUUUGACAAAUUUACAAGAUUGUGAUGGUGACACACCGCUUCAUGAUGCUAUUUCAAGUCAGAAUACCACCCUAGUAGAACUGUUACUACGUCAUAACCCUGACUUGACUAUUCUUAAUAAUGCUGGUCAAAAUUCCCUACAUUGUGCUACGGUUCAUGGAGGCACUGAGAUUAUUCGUCUACUGUUGGAACAUUGUUCAUCAACACCAUGGAUAAUAGAUGAAUCUCAACCUGAUGGUUUAACUGCAUUACACCUAGCUUCAUUGAAUGGAAAUAUGGAAGCCGUUGAUUUGCUUUUGCAAGCAGGUGCUAGUCCAAAUCUUGUAGUUCGUCGUCCAGCUGGCCUGCCACCACUGAAUGGAUGUGAUGAAGAAAAAUUGGGCUCUGUAUUUACACCUCUUCAUUUGGCUGUUCAUAAAGCACAUCCAGAUGUUGUAUGCUUAUUAUUAUGUUAUAGAGCUAGAGCAGCUUGUCGCAGUGGAGCUGGACGUAGUCCAAUCCAACUAGCUUUAAACGCUCUUGGUCAAGCACAUGAAUCUCAAAAUCCUAAUGUUCGACGUUUCGAUGUUGCUUUAGUACCUUUUCUGGCAUCGGUGGCACGUCUUUUAGUUCGAAUGGCUGAUUCACUUGCACUUACAUCUAAUUCAACUGGAAUAUUGUCCAGUGGCAUAAAUAAAUUACGACUUAAUUCGAAUAGAAAUAAUUAUGAAGAACAAUUGAUUGAAAUAGACAACGAUCCUGAAGAUGAACCUCAUAGAAAUACUACAACUGAACCAUUAACUUUAGUAUCUCCAAGUGCAUUGUGUCGUCGCUUAAAAUCUACCAUUCAAGCAACUUUAGAAACAGGUGUUCCUCGUAAUGUACUUAUUGCUGCAUGUUUAGCUUCGGCGAUAGGUGCAGAAUCAUGGUCAUCUCAUUUAGGAGCCAUAAAUUCCGAAAGUGCAGAAGAAGACGAUGUAGAUAAUGUUACUACACAAUCGGUCAGUGAGAAUUUUGUCACAGAUGUUUUCCGUGAAUGUCGAGAUCCAGUUUUACAAUUAGCGCUACAACAAUGUCAUAUGGAAGCUUUGAAUUUCGUUAAAUGUUGUCCUUUAAAUACUGACUCAGUCGGUCGUAGUCCUAGACAUGAGAUUAACCGACCGAAUUCUCCACUUAUCUCAGCUAUAUGUGAUAGUGAUGAAGAGAAUUUAGUUGAUACAUUUUUCCGAACUGAUAACCGUCAAAUACCACCAGCUGACUUGUUACCGAGUUGUUCAGUUGUAGGAUCAAAUAAUUCUUUUGUCCUACAAUCACCAUUAAUAAAUCAAACAGAUGAAAACUCUUUAAGUCAACCAUUUGCUAUUGAAAAUCAAUUCAUCCCUGAACAAAACAAUUUACGUCAUAGUGUACGUCAAUCAAAUAUUUAUACAUUACUUCCACCUACUCUUGACGAAAUGGAUCUGGAAUGGCGUGAAUGUCUUGUAUGCUCUGAAAGAAGUCGAUCUACAGUCAUAUUGCCAUGUGGACACAUUAUAACUUGUGAAACAUGUACACCUUUAAUUAAAAAAUGCCUUCUAUGCAGACAACGAAUAGCUGGAUAUCAUAAGUUUUCCAUUUGUUGUGAAUGCAAUCUGUCGAAUGGUGUUGUAUUAGCUAAACCAUGCAAUCAUAUGCUUUGGUGUAAAUCAUGUUUAAAAACUAAAGUGCAACAAUUAGAAAUAAUCCAUCAAAUUACAGGGAAUAUUGGCUUUUAUGAAGAAGAAGAAGAUGUAAUGGAAAAUAGAAAUCAAACUUUAUCAACAAAUAAUAAUACUACAAUUAAUAAUACUGAUUUAAUAAAUGUAUCAGUAUCACUGCCAUCGGGGACGUCAACAAUGCCAACAGCUACUUCUGUUACACAAUCUACCAUCAAUUCAAAUCUUGAUGAAUUAGACCCAUUAUUUUCUACAGAACCUUCAUCAUCUUCAUCCUCAUCAUCGGUUAUUAAAACAAACGAUAUAAAUUUAUGGCGUAAUGUACCACUAGGUCGUCUAUUAUCGAUGAUAAAUAAAAUGCAAAGUUUACUAGACGAUUUAUUAACCGGAGGUAUUUGUUUAGAUGGCUGUCCAACAUGUGAUAAUACAGUCCAGUCACUAUGUCCAGUACUAGUAGCAUGCUCUGGUGUGAAUAAUCAAUCGACUGCCAUUGCUCUUGGCCACGAUUCAAACGCAUUCACAUUGAAUUCUUGUAACUCUAUUGAAACUGAAUUGAAUUCCACUGCAUCAAAUAUUACAAAUAUACUGCCAACAAAUAAUUCUAUUCUAACUAAUAUUCAAACCGAUAUGGAAUUAGUGCAGAAUCAAUUAGUUUCCUCUAAACCAUCGCGCCAUCUGUCUCCAAUAGACCGUCAAGGAUUCAGUGGAUUACUGAACACAUCUACUAGGCAGAAUAUGAUAACACCGAAUAAUCAGCUUCGUCAAGAUGGAAGUCGAGCUGGAGUUAUUGGCCGACCAAGAGGUCCAAGAACUCAUUUAUGUGAACGUGAAGUAAACCGAUUAAAACAUGAACUUCAAGUAAUGCGUGAACAAAUUCGAUGUCCUAUAUGUCUGGAUCGUUCACGUAAUUUAGUUUUUAUGUGUGGUCAUGCCACAUGUCAAUGGUGCGGUGAUCAGGUCACUGCUUGUCCAAUCUGUCGUAGAGCAGUUGAAAGUCGUAUCAUUCUAUAUUGAAUUAAGACUAGUCAUUUAAAGGAGGUUAAUUAUUCUAGACUAAAAAAAAUUUCCCUGAAACACUUAAUUUAAUACAUUUAAAAGAUAUGGGUAUUUAAUUUUAUCUUAGUCACUGUAUAUUUACAAAUAAAUAAAUGUUUAUUUCUAUUUCAACCAAUUAUCUUAUUUUAAGAUAA